AUGGACCCCUCAGCCUGGAUGAGAAGGUCUGUGCCUGGCAUGUGGCUGGCUGGGGAAGGUGUAGAUAUGACCAGCCUCUGCCGCUCAGGCUCUUUCUGGUGGACCCACACAGGCUCCUGCAGCCUAACCGCAUCUCCACUCUGUGAAAUCUCCCUGCAGCAAGGCUCCCCCCAGCACCUGCCCCUGGCACUCACCAGAUGGCAUGUCCAGGGCUCCAGCUGCCAGGUCCUGGCCAGGACCAAAUUCUGCUGUCCUGAGGAAGUAGCCCAGGAUAUGGCCAAUGGCAUCCACAAUGCUUGGCAGGGCAGGCUGGACAUAGCCCAUAUGUCAGGAGCCAACAAGAUGAUGGCCAUGGCUGGCUCACAUUUCAAGGCAGCCAACUUGGCAGCCCACAAGAUAUUUCACGACCAGUGCAGCUUCAGCACAAGUUUGGUGGAACAUCACUUGCACAGUUUUCGCCUGGUGCACAUGCCCCCACUCCACCCUGACUUCAGGAGGGCCCUCAGGGACCUGCCCCCCCACUUCAAUGCCUCCACCGAGCCCAGCUACCUCAGGCUCAUCUCCAACUACGGCACCCACUUCACCCGGGCCGUGCAGCUGGGUGGCCGCAUCUCGGCCAUCACUGCCCUGCGCACCUGUGAGCUGACCCUGGAAGGCCUCACGGACAACGAGGUAAAGGACUGCCUGAACCCCGGCCUGGUGGACUAUACCCUGGAGCCUCUGCAUGUGCUCCUGGAAAACCAGGACCCGAGGCGGGAGGCACUGAGGCAGGCUGUGAGCAAGUAUGUGACAGACAGGGCCCGCUGGAGGGACUGCAGCCGGCCGUGUCCCCCAGGCCAGCAGAAGAGCCCCCACGACCCAUGCAAAUGCAUAUGCCACAGCUCGGCGGUCACCACCCGGGACUGCUGUCCACGGCAGAGGGGCCUGGCCCGGCUGGAGGUGAUGCUCAUCGAAGCAUGGAAUCUGUGGGGAGACAUUUUCACUGCUACCGACGCCUAUGUGAAGGUCUUCUUUGGCGGCCAGGAGCUGAGGACGGACACCGUGUGGAACAAUAACAACCCCAGGUGGAUGACACAGCUGGACUUCGGGGACGUGCUCCUGGCCACAGGAGGGCCCCUGAGGGUGCAGGUCUGGGAUGCAGACCAUGGCUGGGACGAUGACCUCCUUGGGACCUGUGACCGAACUCCAAAGUUUCAUCCACAAUGGAAGGAGGAGAUCUGCAACCUGAACCAUGGUCGCUUGAAAUUCCGCUACUACGCCAGGUGCCUGCCCCAUUUGUCAGGGGACACCUGCCUGGAGUACGCCCCCCAAGGGCUUCUGGGAGAGCCACCAGGAAACCGCAGCGGGGCCGUGUGGUAAGAAUGGUGAGCUCUGAGAGGACCCCUAUGCUUGGACUAACAGGACUUUCAGAGCAGGAGCCGGGCCUGUCUUCAUAUGCCCAUUAGACAGGUGGAAAACUGCGACCCAGACUGUUUUUCACUGAGGUGGCUGAAUUUAGAGGCCAACCCCGAGUCUCUCUAACCAGCCUGUCUCAGACCUCCAAUGUUCCUGGGUCCUCAGUCUCUGCCUCAUAACCCACAGCUUCUGCCAGGAGCUGGCCAGAGGCCCACAGGCCACUCCCACCAGGCUGCCCAGUGCUCCUCUCCUCAGAACCCCCCUUGAGCCCUUUUCUGGGGUGGCAAAUGUUUCAUCACCUUGGGCGGAGCCCCUGGGACCCCAUUUGCUGCUUGCUCUGUCUUUUCCGCCCACCGGGCUUUGCCUCUCAGACAAAUCAAAGGCUGUCCUGACCUGUCUCACUGUGUCCAUCGCUUAA